AUGGACGCUACCAUUUAUCAGAUCAUACUUGGAGAGCUCGGGGACCUAAACUGUAGUUUGAUUGAUGCUUUCCAAGACACUUUUUUGGAAAACGCUUCAUUGUCUUUCCUGAGCACUGAUGGUUUAUAUUGUAAUGCCACAACCGAUGAGAUUGGAACCUGCUGGCCACGGAGCAGCACCGGGAGGAUUGUAGAGAGACCGUGCCCUGAGUACAUCAAUGGGGUGAAGUACAACACAACCAGGAGUGCUUACAGAGAGUGCAUGGAAAAUGGGACGUGGGCGUUGAAGAGCAAUUACUCCAAUUGUGAACCCAUUUUGGAGGAGAAGAGAAAAUAUCCAAUGCAUUAUAAAAUAGCGCUGAUCAUCAACUACCUAGGCCACUGUAUCUCUGUGGGAGCUCUAGUGGUGGCCUUCAUUCUCUUCUUGUGCUUAAGGAGCAUACGAUGUCUUCGAAACAUCAUCCACUGGAAUUUGAUCACCACCUUCAUACUGAGGAAUGUCAUGUGGUUUUUGCUUCAGCUGAUUGACCACAAUAUUCAUGAGAGCAACGAGCCUUGGUGUCGAUUAAUUACGACGAUAUACAACUACUUUGUGGUGACAAACUUUUUUUGGAUGUUUGUUGAGGGGUGUUACCUUCACACAGCCAUUGUAAUGACUUAUUCAACCGAUAAGCUCAGAAAGUGGGUCUUCCUUUUCAUCGGAUGGUGUAUUCCAUUCCCUAUAAUUGUUGCCUGGGCCAUCGGAAAGUUGUAUUAUGAAAAUGAACAAUGUUGGUUCGGUAAAGAACCUGGAAAAUAUAUGGACUACAUUUACCAGGGGCCAGUUAUUCUUGUCCUUCUGAUAAACUUUGUGUUCCUCUUCAAUAUAGUACGAAUUCUUAUGACCAAACUAAGAGCUUCAACUACAUCUGAAACAAUACAAUACAGAAAAGCCGUGAAAGCAACACUAGUCUUGCUACCUCUGCUGGGCAUCACCUACAUGCUCUUCUUUGUGAAUCCCGGAGAGGACGACAUCUCACAAAUCGUUUUCAUCUAUUUCAACUCCUUUUUACAGUCCUUCCAGGGGUUCUUUGUGUCAGUGUUUUACUGCUUUCUAAAUGGAGAGGUACGGUCUGCAGUACGGAAGCGGUGGCAUCGCUGGCAGGACAACCACGCGCUUCGAGUGCGAGUGGCACGAGCCAUGUCCAUCCCCACAUCUCCAACCAGGAUCAGCUUCCACAGCAUCAAACAGACCACAGCCGUGUGA